CAGUUGUAUACCUGUGAGCAACAACAACAAUCAGGGGCUAGAGGAGAAAGAUGGACUCGUGAAGCUUCACACGUCCGAUCCGCGUCACGGUCCGUCACCACCGCUGCUGUUUCCUCCGGAGCUUUAUAUGUCGACGGCGCCGAGUCCAUGAACCUGGCCAGUCACAGCGGGGACGCUGGCGGCAGCCAGCUCCUCUUCGCCAACUUUAACCAGGACAACACGUCCUUAGCUGUUGGCACCAAAUCCGGAUACAAGUUUUUCUCUCUGUCCUCAGUGGACAAGCUGGAGCAGAUUUAUGAAUGUCCAGACACAGAGGAUGUGUGCAUUGUGGAGCGUCUGUUCUCCAGCAGCCUGGUGGCCAUCGUCAGCCUGAAGGCCCCCAGGAAGCUCAAAGUCUGUCACUUCAAGAAGGGAACCGAGAUCUGCAACUACUCCUAUUCCAACACCAUACUGGCCGUCAAACUCAACAGACAGAGGCUGAUCGUGUGUCUGGAGGAGUCACUGUACAUUCACAACAUCCGAGACAUGAAAGUGUUGCACACCAUCAGAGAGACUCCCCCCAACCCUUCAGGAUUGUGUGCCCUGUCCAUCAGCAAUGAUAACUGUUACCUUGCGUACCCAGGCAGUGCGACGAUAGGAGAGGUUCAAGUGUUUGACACCGUCAACCUGCGAGCGGCUAAUAUGAUUCCAGCCCACGACAGCCCGUUAGCUGCUCUGGCUUUCGAUGCCAGUGGAACCAAGCUAGCCACAGCCUCAGAGAAGGGGACAGUGAUUCGCGUCUUCUCAAUCCCAGAGGGACAGAAGCUCUUUGAGUUUCGGCGAGGAGUCAAGAGGUGUGUGAGCAUUUGCUCAUUGGCGUUCAGUAUGGAAGGCCUGUACCUGUCGGCCUCCAGCAACACAGAGACGGUCCACAUCUUCAAAUUAGAAACACAGAAGGAGAAGUAUGUGCCUGCGGAGGAGCCCACCACUUGGGGAGGGUAUCUGGGCAAGGUCCUGAUGGCAUCCACCACCUACCUGCCUUCACAGGUCACAGAGAUGUUCACCCAGGGGCGAGCGUUCGCCACCGUACGUCUGCCCUUCUGUGGACACAAGAACAUCUGCGCCUUAGCUGUGAUUCAGAAGAUUCCCAGGUUGUUGGUUGCAGCAGCUGAUGGUUAUCUGUACCUGUACAACUUGGAUCCACAAGAGGGAGGAGAAUGUACACUCAUGAAGCAGCAUAGGUUAGACGGCAGUACUGAACCAUCCAAUGAGAUCCUUGAUCAAGGGUCACAUGAUCGCCCACUUGUGGCCCAAACUUACAGUGCUGCUAUCACUAAAGGCUACUGUGAAGAGCAGGGCGCCGUGGGAGGGGCGGGCCUAGACGAUGACCUCAACGACUUGCGCCUAGAUGAGGAGAACGAGCAGCCGCCGCUCAUCCUUGAAACUGACUGACUGACUUAACGGAAAAGGCUGUACCCACCAAUCAGAGGGCUCCUCUGGUGCUGCUACAAACAUGUGACACAAGGGGGGGCGGGGGGCAGAAUCAAAGAGGAGGGAGGGGGUGUUUUUAAAACGCUCAAAGCGUUCAAGAGCCUGUCCGUCAGUCCAUCUGUACGUUUGUCUCUUCAUAUCAAGUCUUAUCUUUUUCUUCCCUCCUUCCCCACCUUUCCUCGGCUUCCUCCCCCAGUUUCGCCUGCGCGGGCGGAAACUGACGCUUUUUUGCAUGAACACGUGCCAACCGCUAAAAACACGCUCCAAUGUGAAAACGAGUGUCUGUGUGUGUGCGCGUAUUUGGACAUUCGAUCAAAACAAUGUAGCCGUGUCUCCUCGAAAAAGACGGACACAAGCACUGUGUGAAAUGAAAGCGAUUGUGUAAGUGCCUCUCCGCCCCGGUGUCCGGGCGCGUUCUGUCCGAGAGGGAGAUCUCUUUUCUCAUUGGCUCAAUAAAAAUCUAUUUUCAGUUGUUGGAUCUUAAUCGAGGGUGUGUACUAUCUUUUCUAACCUCUUCCUCUCUCACACACAGUCGAGUUCACUUUUGAAAGAUUAACGUGGAGGCUUGGUGCGCGAGGCCGAGGUGUUUGUGUGUAAGAGUGUGUUUGUGCGCUUGUGUUGAGACCUUAUUUGUGUGUGUGUGUGUGUGUGUGUGUGUUUGCCGGGCAUGUAUAUCAGCCCGGCAAACCCCCCGCCCGCUCACUCCUUCCUCAUCCAACCAGAGGCUCGAUAGACCUUCCUGCCUGCCCCUCCCUCCUGAGGCCUGCACUCAUUGGUUGAUUUCAAACAUUGGUAUUAAUGAACUUUUAAAAAAUAUAUAUCUACUUAACCAAUCAUAGCCAAUGAUGUGUCAUGUGUAUGAAAACAUGCAUGGUGGUGUUGGUGUGCUACUGUGUCCAUACAUCAGAGAUAUUUGGGUGGAGAUCAGUCAGAUCAGUGGAGCUGUUGAGUGACAGCCUCCUCUUCCUCCUCCUCCUCCUCCUCCUCCUCACCCGCAGUAUCUAUACUCUGUACAUAACUAGAUGUGGCAAGAUAUCACUGUACCAUGUUGUCGGGUGAAAGACAGUGGGAUAGCGGGCGUGCGGCCAAACGAGUGAACUGUGGAUUAUAGUUUGGAUUGAACGGGACUGAGCUCGGUCACCUGGUCCAGGAUGCUGCAUGACCCCCCCACCCCCACCAUCGGUCCUUUGGUGUCUGAAUCUAGUAAACGAGGAUUAGCCGUGGGAUUUCGGAGUGUCAGGCAUUUUCUAAUGAUUUUGUAUAAAAAUGUGAAACGUUCAUCUGAAACUAAAAUGAGUAUAAAUAAAUUCCAUCUUGAUGUAUGAGA